CUAAUUUCCCAUCUUUUAUAUAAGCCCUUCCAAAACUCUCAUUUUUCAUUCUUUUCUUCUCAGUCUCCAAAUGGCUAUCCUCGUCAAACCCAAAACCCUUUCUUCCUUCCUCUUCCCUGUCUCCCGUUAUUUCUCUUCCUUUACCCCUUCUUUUUCCUCCACUGUAGCUUCCUCCUCCAAACCCCUAAUCCCCUCAUCGCCACCUCCUCCCCUCUUCUUCCUUCGUCGCAUCCGUGGCCCACCUUUCUUCUCUCUCCUUUUUCUUGACUCCCUUUCUGUCAAAUCGUUCUCCACACGAGCAGUGAGGUCCUCCCUCAAUGACCCAAAUCCGAACUACUCGAAUCGGCCCCCGAAAGAGACUAUUUUGCUGGACGGUUGUGAUUUUGAGCAUUGGCUCGUCGUGAUGGAGCCACCUCCAGAGAAUGCUACUAGGGAUGAAAUUAUUGAUAGAUAUAUCAAAACCCUGUCUCAAGUGCUGGGCAGUGAGGAGGAAGCAAGAAUGAAAAUUUAUUCAGUUUCUACCAGACACUACUAUGCAUUUGGAGCUCUUGUGUCUGAAGAGCUCUCAUAUAAGAUCAAAGAACUUCCUGGAGUUAGGUGGGUUCUUCCUGAUUCUUACUUGGAUGUGAAGAAUAAGGAUUAUGGAGGGGAACCUUUUAUUAAUGGGCAAGCAGUUCCAUAUGAUCCAAAGUACCAUGAGGAAUGGGUGAGGAACAAUGCUCGAGCAAAUGAAAGAAAUAGGCGAAAUGAUAGGCCUCGUAAUUAUGAUAGAUCAAAAAACUAUGAGAGAAGAAGGGAGAGCAUGCAGCCCCGAGAUAAUCAGAGUAGGGAGAUGCCUCCUUCAAAUCAGGGCAUGCAGCAUGUUGGUCCUAAUACAGCUGGAAUGCCUCCAAACAACAUGGGAGGAAUGCCUCCCAGCAACAUGGGAGGGAUGCCACCCGACAAUAGGGUAGGGAUGCCAUCCAACAACAUGGGAAGGAUGCCUCCAAACAACAUGGGAGGAGGAAUGGCACCAAACAACAUGGGAGGAAGAAUGCCAGGAAUGCAGCAGAAUAUGGGGAAUGUGCCACCAAAUCAAGGGUGGUCCAGUAACAUGCCUGGAAAUGCACAGAACUUCCAAAAUGGCCCUGACUGUGGAAACACGCCUUACCAAGGUGCUGCACCAAAUGCACAAUACCAGUACCAGAAUAACUAUGCUCCAAACAUGGAUGCAGGAAACAUGCCUGGUGGGAACUGUCGAUCUUAAAAAAACGUUUGUUUUACAUGAACUCAGACUAUUUUAGGUAAUGCUGUUGUUAUUUUAGAUAAUGGUGUAGAUAAAGAGAACGUGUCUAGGACUUACGAUUCUUGGUAGGUUUAUCAAUGUUCCUUUGUUUGUAUCCUAUAGCUUGAAAUUUGGUGGGAUUUUUAGCAUGAUGAUUAUGGCAAGGUUGGUGUUAGGUAAAAUUUUUGCCUGUUUGUGAGUUGAUUUCGCCCAGGUUUAAGAUUUUAUUGCAUCCUAUUUCUUUUGAUAUAAGUUGUUCCUGCUCUUUGGUUUGUUUAUUCAGAGCAGUUAUAUCUAGCAACUCCAUCCAUCUUCCCUUUCUUAAACAAAAGCACAUGCGGUUUUCUGUUAUGGAGAUCUUAUCUUCAGCAUUGAUAGUGGAAAUGUGAAAUUUGUUUGAGAUGGAGCAUUCAAAAUCUUUUAUCACCUUACCGAGCUAGCAAAGAC